AUGGAACAAGUUCCCCCAACCGUACAGAGUCAUGGUAUGACUAUUUCUAAUGUCACGGAAUCCACUUCGUCUACAGCUGAAUCUGCACAAACCCCGGAACGUGGUACGACCGAAUCUGAACUGUUUCGAUCAAUCGGAAACCGCUAUUUCGACCGGCUUAACUAUGCCAAUGACAGAGAUAAUCGGACUGAAGAUAUCAUUCAAAACGGCAUGCUCUAUAACGAAAUUGAGAUAGCCCAUUUUCCUACCCGAAAUUUGUCUCGCGCAUCAACGGAAACAAUCGAAAUGACAUCACUAUCUACUGGUAAGAAUCUCAAAGCACAGAACCAACAUAUCCAAAAUUCUACAUUGACCAAUUUAUUUCAAACAAUAUUGACAACUCAUCCAGUAACACAGAACAUCAGACACUAUCAAAUCUAUAUGAAAUGGACCUUAUGUGCCCUAUCUGUCAAGAAAUAUAAUCGAUGGUUAUAUGACAAAAUUUGUGCUCUCAGUGGUGAUAAGGAUUGGCAAAAUGAUGGAGUGAACUUGACAGAAUGGCUUGAAAGAAAAAAGGAAUGGAGAGCAAAAUUAAUUUGA